GCAGCAGCAGCAGCAGCAGCAGCAACAAUCAGCAGCAACAUCAGCGCCCUGGGUGCACCGACAAUAAUAUGAGGAGUGGCAGUUCGGAAUUACUACUCGAGCAGCAACAACAAGAGCUACGGUUACGUAAAAUCCGAGAACUGGCUCCAAAAAAGAAAAAUGGCAAUCGGCGCUUUCGUUCGUGGCGGGAACGUGCGCGUUUCUAUGGCACCUCCACACUCGCCUUUUUCUCGGUGACGGCCGGCGCAUCGCUGCUGUUUCUGGUGCCGCUCUAUGUGGAUCCAGCCAUAUCGACACUGAGCCACGAUUUUAUCGAGAAUCCAACGCUGUGCACAACAACGCGUCGCGAGGAUCUUGUCGGCAUAUUCAAUUGCUCGUGGAGCUCCUGCCGUGAGGGCUGCACCUCCGAUCUCUAUCGCUGUGUGCACAUAUAUGUGACUUUUAUUGAACAGAACAUUACGAUACCAGAGAACAUGACCGACUAUACCAACUACACCGCCGAGUGGGAGCAGUCCGGUGAGGCCACAUUGCUGGUCAACAUUAAGGGAUGCGGCUAUCCGCCCACUGUCACGUGCAAGAACUUCAAUAUGUAUUAUGGCGUCGAGGGCGCCAUCUAUCCGUGUUUCUAUUCGCGCAAAAACAAGACCGUCGUCCUCACAUCCUACAAUCAUGACGAUCAGGAGGCCAUCAUCAUUCAUUUUUUUGUGGUCCCCUUUGUGAUAACGGUCAUCUCAUCCAUCGCCCUCUGCAUCAUGCAUUGCGAUUGCCGCUGUAAAAAGGAUCGCAGCCAUCGGCGCAAUCGUCCGCAGUGCCGCCGGCCACGCAUUGAGAAUCUCAGGUACAUUUCUUAUUUGACAUUUCACAGAGGCACGUAGUUGAGUGUUGGAGGAACUGGCAACUUUGGCUGCCAGGACAAUGCCAGCUGCAGCACGAACAAAUGUAGCAACUGGGACAAUGUAUAUGCUUUCAGGAUUAUGACAAAUGCUUGGCACAAUUUGUCUAAUUUGCUGCCAUUCGUUUCAUUUAGCCGAAUUGAAUGAAUGUCUAAAAUGUAGUAGGAAACGUUUUGUAAAACAUUUUUUCUAAAAAUGUCAUCGUAAAUUGAUUUUGAGUUGAGUUCAAUGGGCGAGCGACAACAAUAGGAAAUUACAUAGCGAAAUUGAGCAGCGGUCAGCCGAAGGGUACAGCCCAGGGCGAUAGUCCAACAAAGCGUUUUGCGGCUUUCUGUAUGCCAGAGGGUGGCACGGAAGCGGCGGCUGGCAAGUAAUUUUACCCGUUUUAUAUGGCCAAUAAAUGCUUUAUCUGCGUAUCCAAAUUGCCGCCAGCUGGCGUGCAUGCGUGCCGAUAAGCUCCGGCUCCAGCUGCUGUUCCAGUCUCAGAUCAACCUCCCGAGCCGACUUGGGUGAGCAGCAGACCCAUAGACCCACAGACGUUGCAUUGGUCGUGCAGGCAGCAACAAGCAGCCAAUCGAUUUAUUACCCAUUAAAUCAUGGCAUUUGGCUCUAAUAUUUCGACCCAGUUGCAUUUAGCAUUUGGCUUUAGGGAAUUUAACGGCUUAGCGCCUGCCGACACCACAGUCAAUGUGUAAAAUUAUUUCAUUGUGCUCAACGGGAUGUUGUCUGCGUGCGGGUGCGUGUAACUGUGGGUUAUUUUUAUUUGGAUUACGACUACAAAUUGCCUAUUAAAUCCAAAAAAUUCAUGCCUUGUAUACACAAUUUCAUCUCGUCACGUACCGCAUGCUCAUUUGUGUUUUAACAACUUGAUUUUUUACUACAUCAAACGCAUUUAAAUUAUGGCUAUUGAGCUCUUGACUUACACUCAUUAAUGGAAUUAAACAUUAUUGCUGCAAUUAAAUUUAAAUGUUGGCCCUAGCAUAUUUACAUGAAAUUUGAAUAGGCCAAAGCGAACCAUUCAACCCUGCCACACUCUCAGUUCUUGGUAAUACAAAUUCUGUUGAAAUAUACUACACAUAGACACAUUUUCUCGACGCCUUGGGCAACUGAUUAUAUUUACAUUUCACAUUUCAAUGAGGCUAAUGAAUUAAUUCAAAUUCAUUAUGGCAGGCACAUUAAUAUAUAAUUUAAAAAAAAAAUAUGAUGCUUCAAUAAUGAUUGAUUAUUGAUUAAUUAUAAUUGAAAGUCCUGCGUGUACUUAAUAUAACGCAUACGCCUUGUUGAACGCACAAGGGAAUGAGAAGCAUGCAUAAUGAUAUGUGCGUGUUUUCCAAAUUUCCAAUUCCAAAUUAAUUUACAUUGCAUCUAAAAUUCGAACUUAAAAGCUCAAUCAAAUUCACUCGAAUGCCAAAUAGGAAAAGCUAGCUAAGUUAGCUCUAGUUAGGUCACAGCCCUGUUUAUAUUUUAAUGAUGGUUAAGUGCUUUAAUUGGCAUUUUUCCCUGCAAGAGAAGCUCUUCAUCAGAAAUUAUUGAUGAACACAGUUCGCUUGGCUAACAACCUUCACUUUUGAUAAAUGCCUGAAUGUAUGAAUGCGGAAACCGCACAUCAAUUAUGUUGUCUUCCCUCAUUGAAUUAUAAUUGAAGCGUCAUCCAGUUGCGUAUAAACAAGGACAGACCAGAGCGCAGAAAAAAGCAGUUAACACAAAUUGAGCGUAAUCAAAUGAUGCAAUUGGAAAUGCUGCUGCCGAUGGCGCUGGCACUGGGACGCGGUAUACAAAACUCAUUAUUCUCAGCAUUUAAUCUCGUCAUGCGCACAAUUAUUUAAAGUCAAUAAUGAAAUCAUUCAAUAUACGUCGUCAGCUGGGUGAAGUGAGUUAAUCAUGUACUUAAAUACCAUUCAGCAUCUGCAGUUGAGGGACAGCACACAUGGAUUAUUCAUCCAUUAGGCAGCGACAUGGACUGAACAUAGUGCCAAGUCUGUCUAAAGUGUGUAAAUGCUCUUUGGCCCACUUUAAUUCCAAGCUAACCCAAUGGCAAUCCAGAUUCAGCCGUAUCCAUCAACGAGGCACGUGUCACAGCAACAUGAAUUCACAAUUCGCAUUUGUCGACACUCGGAUGGACAUUAAUCCGGCCCAAUUGAUCCAACCGUUGCAAAAUCGCUAAGUGGCACUGCCCAUGCUUUUGGCCAGCUCUUGCCUUGCCCCAGCUGUAUGGCUCAUAAUUUAUUAGUCGAGCGGAGGCGAGAUUCCAUAAAGCGCAAAAAGAGAAUGAAACUGAAACGCUGGACAGCAGUUGAAAUGCAAAUGAUGCCACAUUCUUACUCCGUCCACAUCCUUUAUAAAUUCAUUUACAAACAAGUGUCAAUAAUUAAACGCUCGACCCUCCGGCUCAAAUAACUGAGACCACAGCUGCAUCAAUAAAUAUUAUGAACUGAACAAUAAUUAAGCUGCCCCCACGAUCCGAUUGCGUCCAAAAAUCAAUAUGUACAAAAUGAUUGUGGCUUAAUAAAAUGCAGAUAUUUUAUUACAUA